CAAAACAAGAAGCAAGAAAAUCUCCCUUCUGUACGGCAAAUAGACAAGGCUUUCCAUUGCCAUUGGAUUUGAGUUUUCUGUUUGGACUUAAAACUCUCAAUGACAACCCACAAGACCCCCUCUGAAAUGUUCCCAACCUAAAUAAGGAAGUGGCUUGUUCUAACAUGUGGUACCUCCAGUCUCACACCCGACGGAAAGCACCCACUCCUUACAGGGACCCACAGCGGGAUUUUAAACCUUGAUCUUUAGGUUUACUUAGAGACCCUAUACACAAAAAACAUCAACAUACACGCAACUUCUAUCUUGUCCACCGACUGCCCUCACCCUACAUCCGUUGGCAGGCUGCUAUUCCUUCUUUAGUGCAAGCAUGCCUGGAGGUUAAUGUACAAAUGUCUACCUCACGCUUAAAGGUCCUCUCUCUACAACUGCGACCCUGAACACACUACAAAAAUGACUUCCAGCAUAGACCGGGAUGACAGCAGUAUAUUUGAUGGGUUGAUGGAGGAAGAUGAGAAGGACAAAGCAAAAAGAGUUUCUAGGAACAAGUCUGAGAAGAAGAGGCGAGACCAGUUCAAUGUGCUCAUCAAGGAACUGGGCACCAUGUUGCCGGGCAACACCCGCAAGAUGGACAAGUCUACCAUCCUACAGAAGAGCAUUGACUUUCUGUGCAAGCAUAAAGAAAUUGCUGCACAGUCUGAGUCCAGUGAAAUACGUCAGGACUGGAAGCCUCCCUUUCUUAGCAAUGAGGAGUUCACACAACUGAUGCUGGAGGCACUAGAUGGCUUCUUUCUGGCCAUCAUGACUGACGGAAACAUAAUCUAUGUCUCAGAAAGUGUCACUUCUUUAUUAGAACAUCUACCUUCGGAUCUUGUCGAUCAGAAUCUGUUGAAUUUUCUUCCCUUGGGUGAGCACUCUGAGGUGUAUAAAGCCCUGUCUACACACAUACUGGAGGGAGAGACCCUCACCCCAGACUACCUAAAGACAAAAAACCAGUUAGAGUUCUGCUGCCACAUGCUCCGGGGGACGAUCGACCCCAAAGAGCCACCCGUUUAUGAGUAUGUCAAGUUCAUCGGAAACUUUAAGUCCCUCAACACCGUGUCUAACUCAACACGUAAUGGCUUUGAGGGAGUGAUCCAGCGAUCUAUGAGGUCUGCGUUCGAAGACAGAGUGUGUUUCAUAGCAACUGUGAGGUUAGCCAAACCUCAGUUUAUCAAGGAAAUGUGUAAUGUGGAGGAGCCCAAUGAGGAAUUCACCUCCAGACACAGUUUAGAAUGGAAAUUCCUCUUCUUGGACCACAGGGCACCUCCCAUCAUAGGCUACCUUCCCUUUGAAGUUCUGGGUACAUCAGGGUAUGACUACUACCACGUGGAUGACCUGGAGACCCUGGCCAAAUGCCAUGAACACUUGAUGCAGUAUGGUAAAGGGAAAUCGUGCUAUUACCGCUUCCUAACAAAAGGUCAACAGUGGAUCUGGCUUCAGACUCACUACUACAUCACCUAUCAUCAGUGGAACUCACGCCCAGAGUUCAUCGUCUGCACACACACUGUGGUCAGUUAUGCUGAAGUAAGAGCGGAACAGCGCAGAGAGCUGGGUAUUGAGGAGUCGCCACCUGAGAUCUCAGCAGACAAGUCUCAAGACUCAGGCUCCGAGUCUCAAUUGAACACCUCCAGCCUAAAGGAGGCACUGGAGCGCUUCGAUCACAGCCGCACACCUUCUGCCUCCUCACGAAGCUCCCGCAAGUCCUCCUCACACACCGCUGUCUCUGACCCCACGUCCACACAGACAAAGCUGCAGACAGACCAUGGCACACUGCCCCGCCAAUCAGUGUCCACCAUUGAGAUGACAUCACAGCGGAGGUCCUCCAUUAGCAGUCAGUCGAUGUGCUCUCAGAACACAGGACAUACAAUAGCCACAUCUCUGGUGUCUCAGCCUCAGCAGCCGCAGCAACUGCAGCCCACUGUGCAGCCAGUGCUGCAGUUGUCAACGCAGAUGGAUGCAAUGCAACAUCUCAAAGAUCAGCUGGAACAGCGCACACGCAUGAUUGAGGCCAACAUCCAGAGACAACAAGAUGAAUUGCGGCAAAUCCAGGAAGAGCUGCAGAAGGUGCAGGGACAGGGCCUACAGAUGUUCCUGCAGCCAGGAGGAGGUGGUCUCAACCUCGGCUCAGUACAGUUGAUGCAGGGGUCAUCCAUACAGCCAGGGGGCACUCUGUCCAUGCAGGGGGCAGUGGUAUCAGCAGGGAGUCUGCAGAGUGGCCUGCAAUCCACACAUACAGCACAGCACACUGUCACACAGCAUCUGCAGCAAGUACCACCACAGCAACAGAACCUUCUCAGAGAUCAGAGCUCCACCCUAACACAGUAUCAGAGGCCGUCUCACACGUUGCAGUCACCUCAGGGAGCACUGCCUGCAUCUCUGUAUAACACCAUGAUGAUCUCUCAGCCGACACAGGCCAACGUAGUGCAGAUCGCCACAAGCCUGGCCCAGAACAGCAGCUCGAGUGGAGCCGCAGUUGGCACAUUCUCACAAGACCGGCAGAUACGGUUCCCCAGUGCCCCACAGCUACUCACUAAGCUAGUAACUGGUCCAAUGGCAUGCAGUGCAGUUAUGGUGCCUACCACCAUGUUCAUGGGGCAGGUGGUGACUGCUUUUGCACCACAGCAGGGCCAAGCUCAAACAAUCAGCAUCACCCAGCAGCCAUCUGCGCAGACACAGGAGCAGCAGGCCCAGAUACAGUCACAGACAGCUGCAGGAACAGCCCAACAGCAAGGCCAGGCUCAGGCUCAGCUUGCCCAGCAGCAAACACAAUUCCUACAGGCACCUCGUCUUUUACACAACAACCAGUCUGCUCAGCUCAUCCUUCAGGCAGCAUUUCCUCUACCGCAGCAAGGCACAUUUGCAACCACAACACAACAACAGCAGCAACUGCAACAACAGCAGCAACAGCUACAGCAGCACCAUCAACAACAGCAGCAGCUACAACAGCAUCAGCAACAGCUGCAGCAGCAGCAUCAACAACAACAGCAGCAGCUGCAGCAGCAUCAACAACAGCAGCUGCAGCAGCAACAUCAACAACAGCAGCUCCAACAACAGCAGCAACUGGCAGCUCAUAGGUCAGACAGUAUGUCAGGCCGCUCCAACGCACCGCCGCAGUAACUGGGCAGUGGCUGAUCACAGGGCAGCAGGGACCAACCAAAUUUCCACUGAGCAGUCUAGCAGCCUGGUGGAAAGAGGUUGUUUGAAUCUGUAUGAAAUCAAUAGCAUUAUUUGUACUGUACCCCUCUCAAACAUGCUUCCCUUCCACUUUGUGUAGGCCCAGGUGAAGGGCAAGACCUAAAAGGGGCGUUGUUGUCCACCCUUUGCCCUCUCCGACCUAUGUUUUGAUCAAUGGCUGCUUGCACUGAAUUCUGGAAGUCCAACCACAUACAAAUUUUCUGCUGGCUGGUGGGAGAGUAGCGGCCUGUCACCACCACAGGGGGUUUCCACUCUAUAUUUUUUGUGUCUGUUUGUCUUGUACACCCAAUGUGUGCUGUUGUCAUCCUUUCACAGGUUUAAUUUAUGCAGAACACUCUGGUUCAUGAGCUGGAGCAAGUGCUUCAAGACUUCGAAGAAGUCCUCCAGGACAAACAGCACCACUCUUUCUCUCUGUCUCUCUCUUUUUCUUUCUCUCUUUUUCCUAUCUUGCUCU